UUACUCGUUGGGGAUUUUAUAGAAGGGUUAAAUUAGAUAACUCUGUUUUCUCACAGAUUCUGCUGACAUGCCUCUGCACGUGACGGACUUCACGUGGACCCAAACUGAGUCCACGGUCCACAUCAAAGUGCCGCUGAAGGGGGCGAAGGCCGGAAGUGUGGACAUAGUAUCAACAGAGGAAUAUCUGAAGCUCCAUUUCCCUCCCUUCCUCUUUGAGGCCUUCCUCUUCGAACCUGUCGACGAUGACCGAAGCACAGCCAAGGUUGGAAAUGGAGUCGCUGUUUUCACUUUACCAAAAAAGACGGCAAAAAUGUGGGAACAUCUGAUGAUGACCACAGAUGAUAAAGAGACAAAAAGAGGGAUAAGGGAAAGAGCUCUGCUGAAACAGCAGGAGAAACUAUCUGCAGAGUCAAAACAAAAGGCAGAGAAACGGCAAGCAGAGAGGAAAUAUGCUCUAGAGACCAUGAUGAAGCUGGAGACGGAGGAAAAGGAGCGAAUCCAGAAGAUGAAGGAUGCAGAGCGAGAGCAAAUGACAGCAGAGCUGGCAGCGUGGCAGAUGAAGCGGAAACAGGAAGCAGAGAAAGCCCAAAAGAACCAGAACCAUCAGAUCCAACCCAGAGGAAGCACAGACACGGCAGAACAUAGACUGAUGGAGGUCCAGAAGAACAAAGAUGUUCACAGUACCACCAAGAACCAGAAGAUCCAAACCCGGCUACCUCCUCCUAGACCCCGCGGAAACAUUCCAGUCACGUUUACUCCGCGAGUUUUCCCAACAGCUCUCCGAGAGUCACUGGUUUCCGAGGAGGAAGAGUGGCUGAAGAAACAAGCUGAAGCGAGGCGAGCAGUCAACGCCGAGCCGGAGGAGCUCCAGGACCUGACAGAGGAGGAGAGGAACCCUGAUUGGCUGAAGCAAAAGGGCGACAAAUGUUUUACAAACGGGGACUAUGUGGGAGCGGUGAAAGCCUACAGUCUGGGGAUCCGACUCAACGGGAGCAUUCCUGCGCUGUACUCAAACAGAGCUGCAUGUCACCUGAAGUUAAGGAAUCUGCACAAAGCCAUCGAGGACUCCUCCAAGGCGCUGGAUCUGUUGACCCCCGCAGUCCCUGCCAACGCUGCUGCCAGAGUCCGGGCCAGCGUCCGACGAGGAACCGCCUUCUGCCAGCUGGAGCUCUACGCUGAAGGGCUACAAGACUAUGAAGCGGCGCUGAAGAUCGAUCCUCACAACACGGGUCUGCAGGAAGACGCCCAGAUGAUCCGCAGCAUCAUCCAAGGUUCUGCAGGACAAGUCAAACUCUGGAGCAAUGAGACCUAAAGGAUACGAAGAAAUAGAUAUAUUAGAUUAUUUUUGUUCUGGUGUUUCUCUUUUUAUUUAAGGACUAAAAAGUAAAAGACUCUCAUAGUUGGAAAACUUCAAGAAACAUAUAGUAUUCAGGCAUGUUGGACAAAAUAAUUUCAACUGUUUUUGCAUUUUUCUCAAAUAUU